UGGUUAGAUGCUAGGCUGUGCCAGGCUCUUCUUUCUGGCAUGGAGCUGUAACAGUAUGACAGAGUCUGGGUGCACAUAGGCUGCCUUGUGGAAUAUAAAACCAAAGUGUGAAGGGGCAGAAAAAAGGGUGAAAAGUCAGCAAACCGAAGUUGCACAGUUGAAAGCCAGGGAUGGGAACGCUACCACCUGACAUUAGGCGGCUUUUGGAUGACUGUGAGCUGUUUGUAGCUGAGAUCCUUCAAGAUGAAGAGCUCAGUGAAAAUGCCCAAGAGACACGGAAGGUCUUACUGAACAACUUCAGGGUCAUCCAUGUAAGAAACCCUCAAGAAUUCCCCUUCCCCGCAUCGGACUUUAGGGACGACGAAGGUUCUGAUGACAACCGCAGUUCCAGUCUGGGUCGCUCUGCCCCAUCGGACGACGCCUCGGUAGCCUCUGACUACCAGGAUGACGGAGCCACUGACUACUUUGGUGACAUCCCCCCUGUAGCCGCCCAGGACCUCUGCAACAUCUUGAAGCAAGGCUACCUGGAGAAGAAACGAAGAGAUCACAGCUUCUUCGGCUCGGAGUGGCAAAAGAGAUGGUGUGUUCUGAACAAUUCAAUAUUCUACUACUUUGGGACUGAAAAAGAUAAGCAGCAGAAGGGUUCCCUUUACAUCAUCGACUACAACGUACAGCUGGUGACCAACCUGAGAAAAGAUUCCAAAAAAACAUGCUGUUUUGAGCUCUUUUGCCCCGGACGGCGAUCUUUCCAGUUCACUGCCAGCAGUCCUCAAGAGGCCAGAGAAUGGGUGGACCAAAUCAAUUUUAUACUUAGAGAUCUCCACUCCACCUCCAUCCCUUGCGACGACGAGGAGGAAGAGGAGACCUAUGAUGACAUUGAGGAGAUAACCGGACGUCCCUCGUCUCGGCCCGGCGCUGCCCAGGCCUUCCAGAGUGGCAAAAUGGGAGUGGGGCAUGAGAUGGGGGAGGACGAGGAGGAGGAGGAUAUCUACGAGGUGCUGCCAGAGGAUGAUUUUCCAGAUCCGACAGAGGAGAGCAGUGAAAAGAACAACAAACCAGCUCCGUCAUCAGAUUACGCUAACUUCUACCAGGGUUUAUGGGAUUGCCAGGCGGACGAGCCGGACGAGCUGCAGUUCCAGCGAGGAGAUCUCAUUUACAUCAUUAGCAAGGAGUACAACAUCCACGGCUGGUGGGUCGGCGAGCUGAACGGCACCGUGGGUAUCGUCCCCAAGGACUUCCUGCACCCGGCCUACAUCCUGUGAGCUCCAACAGUGCUGCUGCUGACACGUCCGGCCAUGAAUUUCACAGAUAAUCUUUUGUAAUUGGAAAAUAAUUCCCCCUCAUAAGACUGUGAGUUAUGUCAUGUAAAUCUGCAGCAGUAGUGCUUAUUCCUGUACACUAUAAACCACAUGUAAAGGUCUUACCUUCAAUUUGAAUGCGCAAACCAAAGCUAAAGCAAUUAUUUAAACAGAAAAUACGAAAAUGUUGAUUGUUAUAAUUACAAGAAAAGCCUCUUAAAUGUGAGGAUGUGCUUUUGUUCUCUGUUUUAUAUUAUUAUAAAUUGAAUAUAUUUGUGUUUUUCACUGCCGGUUUGACAAAAAAAGUCAUUUGAAGACGUUGUCAGGCUGGUAAAUUGUGAUGAGACUUUUUUCAGACUUUUAGAAUGUUUAAAUUUUUCAUAGACUAAAAGAUUAAUUAAUUAAUGAGAAACAUAAUAGAAUAAUCAGUCAUGAAAAUAACAGUUAGUUGCAGCUCUAGUGAAAAUUGAUUAAUUAUUAUUGACGACACAUUUAUUAAUUCACUGGUUAAAAUUAGAAAUAUGUAGAUUAUUAGGAGCUUUUUUCUUGUUUAAUACUGACACUUUUUUUAUAAACAAGAUUUUAUGUACAUUAAGUAUAAUUUUUUUAACUAUGUAUGUGGAGUUUUACAUCAAAAU